AUGGAAUACGUCGAACUGCCAAAGAUAAAGCUCCAUGCACAUUUAACUGGAAGCAUCUCACGCCAAGCUCUCCACGAGAUAUGGCUUCGCAAGAAGGAAACAGGUAAUACAGACCUCGAUGAUCCUUUGGUUGUCAUGCCAGAAGGAGUUGUUGGCCUGGACCUCUGCGGUGACCCAACAGCCCGGCCCAACGGCGAAAUCAGUAUCUUCACACCUGUAUUCGAGGAGGCAAAUACGAAAGGACUGGGAAUCACCGUGCAUUUUGCCGAAGCUGAGGCCAGCGGCUCUGAGGAGGAGUUGAGUACACUGUUAUCGUGGAAGCCAGGUCGUCUAGGCCAUGUGAUCUGGGAGGGUGAGGAUACCAAGAAAGAGAUUGCGAGAAGAGGAUUGUGCCUAGAGCUAUGUCUAAGCUGUAACGUCAAGGCUGACAUGGUCAUUGGCGGGUUCGAGGGGCAUCACUUUGGUCACUGGAGAGAAGUAGAGGGACCAAAAAUUUCACUCAGUACUGACGACGUUGGUGUAUUUGGAAGCCCCUUAUCCAACGAGUACAGACUCGUUGCGCAGCACUUUGGUCUAGACCGUCAAGCCAUAUAUGAUUUGGCAAGUCAGCCUAUCGACGGCAUCUUUGGAGGCGACCAGGAGAAAGAAAGACUGCGGCGUCUUAUGUGUCCACGCUGA